ACAGACGCACUCAUCCACGAAAGUGCCAGGGAAACAAGCACGCCAGUGGACCUUGGCUAUCACUUACAGUCUUGUAUGGCACCCCUGUCUGGCAUGAUGAAUCCUACGACGGGGUCACUGUCUCGUGAAGCCAGACUACAGGAGAGGGAGGAUACGGAGAAAGAGGGAACUCCGACGCGCGACAAGGGCUCUCUGUCGGGAUGUAAGACCAAAGCGUUUAGCCUCCCGUUCAGUGUGGAAUCUUUGAUUUCGGACAGAGGGACAAGCCGGACUUCCUACUCUUCGAGUGAAGCGGGCAUGGUUCUGCCUAAGACUGUUCCCGAGGACCGUCUUCGACUAUCUCCUAUGGCGCUUUACCCCGACAAGGACUUCCAAUCGGACAGCGUUACUAACCUUUCGGACAGCAAGAAAGGCGAGAUAGAGGAUCUCGCCGAGAAGGGGCAAAGCAGUUGGUUUCAGACGCCGUCCUACACUACUCCUCCACGCCACUCCAGCCCGCCUCCCUGCACCCUCAGAAAACACAAGAAUAACAGAAAGCCGCGGACCCCUUUCACCACGUCCCAACUGCUGGCUUUGGAGAGAAAGUUUCGUCAAAAACAAUACCUCUCCAUCGCAGAGAGAGCCGAGUUCUCCAACUCUCUCAACCUCACUGAGACCCAGGUGAAAAUAUGGUUCCAGAACAGAAGGGCGAAAGCCAAGAGGCUCCAGGAGGCCGAGCUGGAAAAACUAAAACUGGCGACCAAGCCUCUCUUACCCGCAUUCGCCUUUCCGUUCCCGCUCGGCACGCACGUCGGCUCGCCAACCCUUUACGGACAUUCGAAUUCCUUUCCCAGACCAUCGUUGCCUGUACCAGGACUCUUUGGUGCACCCGUCACCUAUGGAAUGUACUAUUUGUCUUAAAUAGGGAAAGCUGUCCAGGUCCACUAAGUGAGGGAAAGCCAUUUUGUGUAUUUGUUGUGUAUUGUCUGUCUAUUAGUAUUCGGACAGUAAAGCAUGCUCUCUCGGGCCUGUUAUGUCACAAU